UUGGUAGGUAGGUAGGUGAUAUGGAUUCGGGCCACGUGGGCAGUAAUUUCAUUUGGCCAGAGGAGUACUUGGUGGAGGCAGAAGAGGAGCUCGAAGCACCAGUGGUGGACCUUGAUGGGUUUCUGAGGGGGGACGAUGAGGCCACAGAGCGUGCGGCUAGGCUCGUGAGAGAAGCUUGCAUCAACCAUGGCUUCUUCCAAGUCAUCAACCAUGCUGUUCAUCCAUCCCUCAUUCGUCAAGCACAUCAUCAUAUGGACUCUUUCUUUAAGCUCCCCAUUCACCGCAAAUUGACUCUCCUUAAGCCCCCCGCUUCCAUGUGGGGCUACUCCGGUGCACAUUCUCAUCGCUUCUCCUCCAACUUGCCAUGGAAGGAAACCCUCUCUUUCCCCUACCAUAACAACUCCUCUCACCCCGUUGUAACAACCUACUUUAAAUCCAACGUAGGCCAAGACUUUGAACAAGCCGGAGUGACCAUGGAGAAGUACUGUGGGAGUAUGAAGCGUUUGGGGAUGAAACUGACGGAGCUAUUGGCAAUAAGCUUAGGGGUGGAUAGGUUGCAUUACAAGGAGUUGUUUGAAGAAGGGUGGUCCAUCAUGAGAUGCAACAAUUACCCAUCUUGUGAAGAACCAAGGCUUACGCUAGGGACAGGACCCCAUUGUGAUCCAACUUCUAUCACAAUUCUUCACCAAGAUCAUGUUGGAGGCCUUCAUGUCUUUGCGGACAACAAAUGGAAGACGGUACCACCUCGUCUUGAUGCCCUUGUUGUCAACAUUGGAGACACCUUCACGGCAUUAUCGAACGGGAGAUACAAAAGUUGCCUUCAUAGGGCAGUGGUGAACAAGUACAAGGAGAGAAAGUCAUUGGCAUUCUUUCUAUGCCCCAAAGAAGACAAGUUGGUGAGUGCCCCCGAUGAUAUUGUUCGCUUGGAUGGGACGAAACAGUAUCCCGAUUUUACAUGGUCACAUUUUCUUCUAUUCACGCAAAAGUACUACAGAGCAGACGAAGCUACACUGCCAAACUUCAUCAAGUGGUUGCAAUCCUCCAAAACCACUAUCUAGCUUUACACUACCCUACAAACUUCUUCUGUUCUACCACUUUACUUUUCCAUCGCAUCUAAAUUCCUUCCCUACGUACACUUCAACUUUUUUAUGUCACUUAGCCAUAUGUGUACUGCAUGCAUGUCUUUCCAA